AUGGGACGCACAAAAAGAGUGGAGGGCUCCCAGACACCAAGGGGGAACCCCCCUAGCACCCCAGCUGGACCCAUGGACGGGUUCCUAACGCCCGCAACAACCACACGCCAGGAGGCCGCAGACCCCAACAUGGCCGACUCCCCGACCGGAACGUCACCUGAGAGCGGCGAAACCACGCUGGCAGACAUCAGUGCCGAGAUCAGGGCACUUGCUGCCAACGUGGUAACCAAGGAUGACCUCCGCGGCCUAUCUGAAACCCUGCAUGCUGCAAUACACACAGAGGUAACUGCACUGAGAGCAGACUUGGUGACACAGGGCAGCAGACUCCAGCAAUUAGAAAACACCACACAAGCCCACACAGCUCAAGCAGAGGCCUCUAACUUAGCCAUCACUAGACAGGGGAAUAUGCUAUUAACCCUGAGGCGCCAUACUGAAGAUCUGGAUAACAGAGGCCGCAGAUCCAACAUAAGGGUGCGCGGCAUACCAGAAUCCGCGGGGGACGAAGAUGUGGAGGCUUUGCUGCGCGCACUAUUCAGAGGUAUCUUGGGGGCUGAGACGCCGGCCACGAUAGAGUUCGACAGGGCGCAUAGGGCCAACAGGCUGCGCACAAUGGAGGGGACUCCACGAGACGUCAUUUGCUGCAUGCACCAAUAUAAGCUAAAAGAAAAGAUCAUGGCCAAAGCGAGAUCCAGACCCACUUGGAGAUUCCAAGACGCAGAUGUGGCUCUAUACCAAGAUCUCUCGCCCCUGACGUUAGAGGCGCGCAGAGCACUGAGACCGAUCACGACACAACUGCAGGAGAGGAGGAUCACUUAUAAGUGGGGCUAUCCCUUCGCUCUCCUAGCCAGGCACCAAAAUGAGUGGAUACCCCUGCGAUGGCCGGAGGAGGCACCCAGAUUCUUACAGCGCUUGGGCCUGCCGCCCACAGAAAUCUCCAACUGGAUCCUGAACCAACCUGAACAGAGACCUGGCCCACAGACGCCGAGACAACAACGCCGACGCAGGGAAGAGACGCCGCGGCGUCCAGUAGCCCGCAGACAACUGGAGCCCGGUGACCCAGAAGAGUAAGAUUGGCGAGGCCCCCCUCCCCUUUGCUCCUCCUCCGCCUCCCGGCCGGCCCUGGCGCGGAACUCACCUCCCGAUGAAGAGCUAGCAAGACGGACCUGGAGGUCCUCUAAAUACCAGAAGACGCCUGAUACCAGAUAAGUCUCCACUGCACGCACAAGUACACCUUGGCCCUUACACGCUUACCUAACUCAUCAGCUCGCACGAGACAUUAAGCAGAGACACACACUUGGCAUGCAGCUCACAAACCUUACGCACCCACCUCUCUCUUUUUUCUUUGGGAGGGGGCACACAAUGGGGGGAAGGCAUUUCUAACAGAGGGCACCAAGACGUACCAGCACCAAUACUAUCUGGCAAUUAUGAGAACUGGGGACACCUUUGGCGCCAUUGUGAGGAUAUCACCUCAAGGGGCAAGCGAAACAGGAGGAUUGUCGGGGCGGGGGUGGGGGGGCUGGGGAAUUUGGGGGGGGGACGCCGGACACUGCACAAAUGA